AUGUCUGUUUCUAGUCAAAUAGGCAUAAGGCGACACGCCUUGUUGCCCUUUAUCGGGAGUGUUGCAAGCCGCCGUAGCUUUCGAGGAUGCCAAUGGACUCAUCACAGUUGCCGCUUCAUGUCGUCCUGCAACCCUCUUCGUGGGUCCUUCAAAUAUCGUCACAACAGAACACUCCCUGAAGAUGCAGUUAAUCCAUUAACGACCCCAACAAACGUCGACGCGGGAGUUCUUCACGUUGUUUCCGUGCCUAUUGGUAACUUGAAAGACUUUUCUAUUCGUGCACUUGAUGUACUUCGACAAGUGGAUUACAUUGUAACGACGGACCGCCCUGCAACAAAGACACUCCUUGACCUUGUUCAAAUUGAGUCCCAGGGCCGCUUAAUUCAUUAUUCCCGUAGCAAUCGCACGACAACGAAGGAGAAACUAGUUGAGCUCCUGUUGGGGGGCAGGAGAAUGGCAUUGGUGUGUACGAGCGGAACACCAUGCGUGGGUGAUGUAGGCGGUGAACUGGUGCGGGAGAUGCAGGCUGAAGGUGUUCGUGUCGCGGCGGUACCCGGGUCAUGCGCUCUGACAUGUGCAUUGGCUGUUGCUGGUGUCACAACUUCCCUUCACGAGGUUAGUGCGACUGCAGACACGAAUCGGGCAUGUGCUGCCAAGCGGCCGAGGAUUGGCUCUCUCCGUGACGGUUCUUUUUACUUUGGAAAUGUGCUUCCGGAAUCUCAUGGUGAGCGGUUGCGGGUCCUUCGGACGGCUGUAGGAGAGGCAACUCACCCAUGUGUUUUUUAUGAGGUUCCCCGGCGUCUUUUGUCGGUUUUACAGGACAUCGCACUCGUCCUUCCCAAACGACGCGUCGUACUAACACAUGAACUGACAAAGGUAAAUGAAUCUAUACAUGCAGAUGUUGCAGAAAAGCUACUGUCUUUUUAUUCGCGACAGGAGGCGAAUAUGCUGCUUAAGAAGGGGCAACUUGUCCUGAUCAUCGAUGGGCCGGAUGAAAACGAAAUGCGGGAACGCUUAGAAUGCGAAGCCCUAAAACGACAGCGACUGCGGAGGAGUUUUGCGUCGUUAACCGGACGCUGUGGUAACAUGGAGGAGAAAAAUACUCACGAUGUGGGGAAGACUAAAAGAAUGAGGUUGUGCCGUCGGUCCUUAUUGCGCAAGAAGCGGCGUGAGGCGCUUAUUUCAAGAAUAGAAAAAGAACAAGAGAGAAUACGAAUGACAAUGUUGAUUAACCGUACGGACGCAACAAGAGAUUAA